AUGCUGGUACUCUCCGGCUUCGCCGCCGUCGCCGCUGUCACGCCGCGCGUGGCCGUCUUUGGCGGCAGCGGGUUCAUCGGCAGCCGCGUCUGCCAGACGCUGGUCGACGCCGGCUGCGACGUGGUCUCCCUCUCGCGGACGGGCGAGGCGCCUGCCUGGGCGAGCGAGGAGCGGUGGUGCGGCCGCGUGGAGUGGCGGCAGUCCGACCUGCUCAGCGAUCGCCAUCCGCCACUCGGGCACAUCGACGGCGCGGUUUCGUGCGUCGGCAAUAUGCGACCGUCGCCUCGAUGGGAGAGCGGCAGCUUCUUCGGGCUGCACUGGGACUAUGAGGCGAUGGCGCGCCGGCGCCUCCCGCUUCGUCUACCUCUCCGCGAGCUCGGCGCACCAGUUUGCCUAGGCGGCGCGCUGAUGGGCUAUGUGGACGGCAAGGAGGCGGGCGAGGAGGCGGUGAGGCAACGGUUUGGCGACGCCGCCGCCUGCGCCGUCGGCCCGUCGCUCGUUCUCGGCGGCGGCCGUUACGCCGGCCUGCAGCAGGCCUACCGCGCGCUGGUGGACGUGCCGCUGGUGCGCGCGCAGACGCGGCUCUUCAAGGCGCUCAAGAGCGGCGUCUCGACCGGCUGGGUGCCGCAGGACGCCGUCGGCGAGGUGGGCGAGGUUGCGCGGGCGGUCUGCGCCUGCCUGCUCGGCACCGUGGGCGAGGCGCGCUUCCCCUCGUUGGGGUUGUCGAGGGGCAUCCUCGCCGACAAGGAGCGGGCCCGCGCGCUCGACUUUUGCUUUAUCGACGGCAGCGACCAGAUCCGGAGGGUGGCACGCGAGUGCGGCACGCCGUCGCUGCUGGCCGCCGCCGUCGCAGGGGGGGGACUUGCUGCGGCCGGCGGCGAGGUGGUGGCGGCGGAGGCUGAGGCGGAGGCGGAGGCGGAGGCGGAGGCGGAGGCGGAGGCGCGGUGGCAGAGGGUGCCCAUUGACAUGCGCCCGGUGGACUCGCUGACGUUGGAGAAUGCGCCGCUGAGCGCCGCUCUCGCCGCCGAGCCGGCCCUGUGGCGCUCCUUUACCCCCGCCGAGCUGAGCGCCUUUGGCCUCGCCCCGCCCGAGGAGCUGGCCGGCCGCUACAUCCGCGUGGGCGAGCCGGGCGCGCAGUUCUGGUACCACCCGUUCGAUGUCGAGGCGGCGCAGUCGCCCUCGGCGCACGGCGCGCCAAAUGAGGGCGCUCUCUACGGCUUCCGUCCCCUUCUCUACCCGUGGCCGCCCGCCGCCCUUCUGUUUGGCUCGUUUGCGGCCGCGAUCCUUUCAUCAGCUAACAUAGCAUGA